AUGAAAAUAUAUACAUUAAAUCCUAUUGAUAAUUAAUAUAUGAACUCUGAAGAUGUAGUAAUUGGUGGUGGGAAAUCAUACUGUAAUCAAUACUUCCCUAUAUAGUAAUGUUAAUAAAAAAAAUUAAUUUUAAUAAAAAAUGGAAAUAGUUUGAUUUUUGUAAAAGUAAUUUUGCCUUUUAAAGAAAUAAUAAUACUUCAAAAAAAGAUAAUUUCAAUUAGCAAAUUAGCAGAUAUAUUUAAAAAUGAGAAAAGCCUGGAUUUUCUUCAUUAUUAAAUUUAUGGUACAUUAAGUAAAGAUUGA